UUGCAGAUUCUGUCUUAAAGAAGGCACCGAAAAAAUGUGGUGAAUAAAAGCUUGUUGCAUUUUCAGGGGGGAAACUUGUGAAAGGGAACUGAAGGUGGUUGGAAGAGCAACGUGAAAGCAAAGGAGCAGUGGGUGGAAGCAAAACACAUUCAAGGAUUUUAGAUAAUGGGCUGUGUGCAAUGUAAGGAUAAAGAAGCAACAAAACUAACCGAUGAGAGGGAUGGUAGUUUAAACCAGAGUUCGGGUUAUCGCUAUGGAACAGACCCUACCCCUCAGCAUUACCCAAGUUUUGGUGUGACUUCAAUUCCAAACUACAACAAUUUCCCCACAGCUGGAGGACAAGGAUUGACGGUCUUUGGUGGUGUCAAUUCUUCAUCACAUACUGGUACAUUGCGUACAAGAGGAGGAACAGGUGUAACUCUUUUUGUAGCUCUAUAUGAUUACGAAGCAAGAACAGAAGAUGAUUUAAGUUUUCAUAAAGGAGAAAAAUUCCAGAUACUUAACAAUUCGGAAGGAGAUUGGUGGGAAGCCCGAUCCCUGACUACCGGAGAAACUGGUUAUAUUCCCAGUAAUUAUGUGGCUCCAGUUGACUCCAUCCAAGCAGAAGAGUGGUACUUUGGGAAACUUGGGCGAAAAGAUGCUGAGAGGCAGCUGCUAUCCUUUGGAAAUCCACGAGGAACCUUCUUGAUUCGUGAAAGUGAAACCACCAAAGGUGCCUAUUCAUUGUCCAUUCGUGAUUGGGAUGAUAUGAAAGGGGAUCAUGUCAAACAUUAUAAAAUCCGCAAGCUUGACAGUGGAGGAUAUUACAUUACAACCAGAGCACAGUUUGAAACUCUUCAACAACUUGUUCAGCAUUAUUCAGAGAGAGCUGCGGGUCUUUGCUGCCGCUUAGUAGUCCCUUGUCAUAAAGGAAUGCCAAGGCUUACUGACCUGUCUGUCAAAACCAAAGAUGUCUGGGAAAUUCCACGAGAAUCACUACAGUUGAUCAAGAGACUGGGAAAUGGGCAGUUUGGGGAAGUAUGGAUGGGUACUUGGAAUGGGAAUACUAAAGUGGCAAUAAAGACAUUGAAGCCUGGCACUAUGUCCCCAGAAUCAUUCCUGGAAGAAGCCCAGAUCAUGAAAAAGCUAAAGCAUGACAAACUGGUCCAACUUUAUGCAGUGGUGUCAGAGGAACCCAUCUACAUUGUCACAGAAUAUAUGGGUAAAGGAAGCUUGCUUGAUUUCCUAAAAGAUGGUGAAGGAAGAGCUCUGAAAUUGCCAAAUCUGGUAGAUAUGGCAGCACAGGUUGCUGCAGGUAUGGCUUAUAUAGAACGAAUGAAUUACAUACACAGAGACCUGCGUUCUGCAAACAUCCUGGUGGGGAAUGGUCUAAUAUGCAAAAUUGCUGAUUUUGGAUUAGCAAGAUUAAUUGAAGACAAUGAAUACACAGCCAGACAAGGUGCAAAAUUUCCUAUCAAGUGGACUGCUCCGGAAGCUGCAUUAUAUGGAAGAUUUACCAUAAAAUCUGAUGUUUGGUCCUUUGGGAUAUUACUAACAGAAUUGGUAACAAAAGGGAGAGUACCAUAUCCAGGUAUGAAUAAUCGUGAAGUCCUAGAACAGGUAGAAAGAGGAUACAGAAUGCCAUGUCCUCAAGAUUGCCCAAUCUCUCUACAUGAGCUCAUGAUCCAUUGCUGGAAAAAAGACCCAGAAGAACGCCCAACUUUUGAGUACUUACAGGGUUUCCUGGAAGACUACUUUACGGCAACUGAACCCCAGUACCAGCCAGGUGAUAACCUGUAAUUUGGGGUGGGCUGCGCAAACCAGUUACCAGGUGUUCCAUUUGCAAUCGACAUAGGUUGAAUGGUUCAAGGCAGUAUCUUAGAGCACCAAAUAUACUGAAGCCAGAAGAUGAGAACUUCUAAAACUAUGUGUCCUAAAAUUCUGAAUAUCUUCUCCAAACAGAAAGGUGAACACAUGGGGGGGCGGGUUUCUUAAUCAAAGACUUUGAAACUGCAUUGUUUUUAUGUUAUGUAAACUGCAAAAUCUUUGUUCACUGUAAAUAGUAAUUCAGUGCCAAUAAUUUAUCCUAGUGCUUUCCUUUUUUAAAAAAAAUGCAGAAUUAUGUGAUUUUAACUAGUUUUCUCCUGAUUCAACUAAAGUAUUAUUUUCCAGAAGUGGCCUCUUUUUGUCUACAUUUUUUCAUGUUCUAACAAAAUAAAAUCAGGACCAGUGUUUGGGGGUUUGGUUUUGUUUCUUUUAUAUAUAGAAAUAUGUAAAAUAUAUACAUACCUGUAUAUAUAGUCCACAGGUGCUAUAGCUAAAGGAAAUUCAUUUCAGAAACGGAUUCCAUAAUGCUGAAGCACCCGGAAAGAUUUCCCUGGGGACAUUGAACACUGGUGAUGAUUCUAAAACCGGUGACUGAAUAUUUGGCUUUUGCCCAGCAUGACUUUUUCAAUUGGAUUGCACUUUUUGGUUUUACUAUAUACCCAUAGGUUGUUGUAAGUUUGCUCUUUCAAAACUCAUGUACAACAUUUCAACAACAUUUGCCAAGUGUGUCGUUUGAUUUUGGGUCAGAAUUAAAACAGACUUAAUUAAUGAAAAGUACCCCUGCCUGGACCGGAAGGUUGAAACUGCAAGUGCUUUUGUGUAUCAAAAUAUGUAAACUGAAUUUUCUGAUUUUUUUUAAAGAAAUAAUAAACAUUGUAACCCCAUGCAAUAGUCUCAACCUCAUAGCCUUUUAGUCAUAUUGAGAUGCUUUUUCAUUCAUCAAGCUCAGCUAGAAUAUCUUUUCUGUGUAUCAUUUUCCAUCCUUAUAUAGGUGUUUUAAAUGUCCUGUACUGCUAAUGAAAUUACUUUCAAUAUGUCUGCAAGUGUUUCAGUAGAAUUACUACGCACUUCUUUCCUGGGAAACGAGAGCAGUGGGAUGCACAAAAAUAUUACUUCUUCAGUUGUCUCUAUCAACCUUAAAUUCUUUCCCUUCUUUCUUUCUAACCAAAAAGAAACAAAAACUCCAGUCCUUUCAACUUCUCUUUUAAGUUUU